AUGGGUCCUGUGUUGGCAGACGAAGAGUUGGACGGCAGGGUUCUUAGGAACCCCCGGGGUCCUGGGGCUCUAGACAGUGAGCCCCUGCUGGGGGCCAGAGCUGCAGCCUGCCCCUGGGCUGGGCAGUCAAAGGAGGAGGAUGGCGAGGGGCAGGCGGGAGAGUCGGGGGAGGAGGAGUGCCCCAUCUGCACAGAGUCCUACGGGCCCGGGGAGCACCGCCUGGCCCUGCUGAACUGUGGCCACGGCCUGUGCGUGGGCUGCCUGCACCAGUUGCUGGGCACAGCCCCCAGCGCCAGCCUGGGCCAGGUAUGCUGCCCGCUGUGUCGCCAGAAGACGCCCAUGCUUGAGUGGGAGAUCUGCCAGCUGCAGGAGGAGCUGUUGCAGGCAGAUGGGCCCCAGGGCCCCCCACCCCCUGCGCCCCCCGCUCCUCCCCCGCCCUGGGGCCCCGGGCCCUGGGCCUCCCUAGAGCACCGCUACCAGCUGCGCUUCCUGGCAGGGCCCGUGGGCGGCCAGGGCUGCCUGCCCUUCCUACCGUGCCCGCCCUGCCUGGGUGCACGGCUCUGGGCCUUGCGGGAACGAGGGCCUUGUCCCCGCCGCCUUGCUCUGUCGGGCCUGCUGGCCCUGGAGCUGCUGGGCCUGUUGCUGGUCUUCACGCCACUCAUGCUGCUGGGGCUGCUCUUCAUGCUGCUAGACCGUUCCGGCCGCUGAGCGGGGCCUCCCACGCCUGCGACCGGCUCCACUGGGGCCUCAGACGAUCCUGGCUGCCGCCGGACCAGGAGACCCAGGCUGGCCCUGAGGCCUGAUGACCGAACUGAACAGCCGAGACUGGCCUCCAUCCAGACCCAGGUCUGGGGCCAGGCCACCCAGGAGCCAGAGACUUCCGACGACCCUGCCGCCUGCCGCGGACUACCGGUGCCCACGGGCAGUGCUGUAGGAGGCCUGUGGCCAGGCCCCAUACCGACAGCACAGUCUUCACCGCUUCU